AUGAAAUAUUUGUUGUUGUUAUUGCUGAGUGUGAAGAGUGCUCAAUCGAGAGAAUGCGAAGUUGAUGAAGAGUGCAAUGAGCAGUGGCCGAAGGCAACAUGUCGUAACGGACGAUGUGCGUGUCCUCCUAAUACUCUCAAAAGGAAAAGUGAUUCGUAUGGAUGGGUAUGUUUAUCGUUAGUGGAUGCUACUACGGGUCAGCUUGGACCUCCGGUUACGUGUCCUUUCCCGGAAGGAGCCGGUUAUCGAUCUGUGCUCGAUCGUCCCGAAACAGUAUUUUGUAAGUCGAAAAAGAAGAAUAGUUGUCCAGCGAGCUAUGAGUGCAUAAAAACGAUUGGUAUCAAGAAUGCACAAGGUGAUGGCGUUUGUUGUCCACGGCGAGGUCAGUUAUGUAUCAUUUGCGUUUUUACGAUGCAAUCCGAUGUCUACGGGUUUACAGUUCCUUCAUUUGCAGAAACAACAUGCAAACAAAAGGUGAGUGAAUCACCUGACGGCUGGGUAUUUCGAUGGUAUUUCAAUGGCAGUUCUUGUGAGCAGUUCAAAUGGAAUCCAGAGAAAAAUUCGACGGCGAACAAUUUCGUAACAAAAAAGUUAUGCGUAUCGUAUUGUGCAGAUUAUGCAAAAUGA